AUGUUCCCGACCGGAAAACCUAACACCGUCACGGUCCUGCGCUAUCCACCGCGCAUGCUCGGGGUUGGGAAUUGUCACCUCAGCCCCUUCCCUGUCCUUCGUCUUCAGGGUCUUCUCUGGUUCCACCGCCGAUCCAUCGAGGAAACCGUACAGCUGGGCUCCGCGGAUCUCAGGAAGAACUUGGAGAAGACGUCAAUUCCCGGCGACGCCUACUACUGGGUGACUGAUCCAAUCCGUGGCCACGAGUUGUUACUCGAGGCCAUCUUCGAUGUGCCUGUCUCGUUCGGCCCCAUUGGGGCCGUUCUCGUGGAGAACGAGGUUGACGAGAAGAUGUUUCUCAUCAACAUCGUCGUCGCCCCCGACAACAACGAGUCUGCAUCUGUCACCUUCGAGGGCAAUUCUUGGAUCAAGCCUAAGUCCGGCGACACCGUUAAGCAUGUGUUCUUUCCUCUCAAGUCCUACCUACCGUCGGAGACGCCCCCGGGCGUGCAGAGUCUGCGCGAGAGCGAGCUUAAGGCCACCCGCGGAGACGGUACCGGCGAGCGCAACAAAUGGGACCGCAUCUACGACUAUGAAGUGUACAACGACCUCGGCAAGCCCGACAUUGACGACAAACUGACGCGGACGGUGCUCGGCGGCGACGAGCACCCAUAUCCACGACGCUGCCGCACGGGCCGCCCCUGCAGCGACAAGGAUUCGUCAUCGGAGAAGGCAGGAAAUUACGUGUACGUGCCCAUGGACGAGGUGUUCUCGCCCUCGGAUGACUUGGAAUUCAAGAGGUUGAUGUCAUCAACGCCGGGACUAUGGACGAUGUUUGAUACGCCAGAGAGGAAGAGCCUGAGCUUCCCAUCCUUCACGGCGAUCGACUCGCUGUUCGUGGAGCAGCCGCCUAGCACGCUCUCCGCCAUGCUCGAGGAAAUGGCAAGGAAGUUGCACAAUGCAUCGAGACCGGCGUCUGAUAGGAUGGAGGAAGCGCUUCAGGCGCUCAAGGGCUUGAAAUUCGAAAUGCCCAAACUUAUCGCCAGUGACAGAUUUGCAUGGUUCAGAGACGAGGAGUUCGCGAGACAAACCCUGUCAGGACUGAACCCACUGAGCAUACAGCUUGUCACGGAAUUCCCCUUUGUGAGCAAGCUGGAUGAGAAAGAGUACGGCCCACGGGAGUCUGGCCUCACCAAAGAGCUCAUUGAGGAGCAGAUAGGUCAGGCCAUGACGGUGGAAGAGGCCGUCGAGAAGAAGAAGCUGUUCAUGCUGGACUACCACGACAUGCUCCUCCCUUUUGUGAACGAUGUGCGCGAGCUAGACGGCACGACGCUCUACGGCUCGCGCACCCUCUUCUUCCUCACAGAGCAAGGCACCCUUAGGCCGAUCGCGAUCGAGCUGACGAGGCCCAAGGGCAAGCCCCCAAUCCUUGCUGAGCCGUGGAGCCAGGUGUUCACGCCGCAGCAGUGGGACGGCACGGGUUCCUGGCUCUGGAAGCUGGCCAAGGCCCAUGUCCUGGCUCAUGACUCCGGGUACCAUCAGCUUGUCAGCCACUGGCUGAGGACACACUGCUGCGUGGAGCCCUACAUCAUCGCGGCCAACCGUCAGCUGAGCAGAAUGCACCCAAUCUUCCGGCUUCUGCACCCUCACUUCCGGUAUACCAUGCAGAUCAACGCCAUAUCACGGGAGACGCUCAUUAACGCGGACGGCAUCAUCGAGAGAGCCUUCUCGCCGGGGAGGUACAGCAUGAUGCUCAGCUCCGCGGCUUACAAGGAGCACUGGCGGUUCGACAUGGAGGCACUGCCAGCCGACCUUAUACGAAGGGGUAUGGCGGUCGAGGAGGAAGACGGCAAGCUGACGCUGACCAUAAAAGACUACCCCUAUGCCAACGAUGGGCUACUCGUUUGGAAAUCCAUUAAGGAAUGGACCUCCGACUACGUGAAGCACUACUACUCGUCGGCGGCGGACGUCACCGGCGACAAGGAGCUCAAUGGCUGGUGGGACGAGGUUCGCACUCAAGGCCACGCCGACAAGCAGGACGAGCCUUGGUGGCCAAAGCUGGACUCCCGCGAGAGCCUCAUCCAGGUCCUGACUAGCAUCAUGUGGGUCACGUCGGGGCACCACGCCGCCGUCAACUUCGCCCAGUAUCCCUUGGCCGGCUAUUUCCCGAACCGGCCGACCAUCGCACGGAAGAAGAUGCCCGUGGAAAAGGGCCCCGACCGCGCCGAGCACAUGGCGGAUUUCAGGGCCAAGCCGGAGAAGGAGCUGCUGGAGGUGUUCCCGUCUCAGUUCCAGGCCGUCCUCGUCAUGACGGUGCUCCAUGUCCUGUCCUCGCACUGGCCGGACGAGCAGCACAUGGGCCGUCACGUGGAGCCGGCGUGGGAGGCUGAUCCCAUAAUCAAGUCGGCGUUCGAGAAGCUGCAAGACAAGAUGCUGGAAAACGAAGAGAUUAUCGACGAGCGGAACGAGGCUGAGGAUCUCAAGAACCGCUGCGGCGCCGGCGUCAUGCCGUACGAGCUAUUCAAGCGCUCAUCCGGGGCCGGAGACACCGGGAAGGGCCUCCCGUACAGCAUCUCCAUCUGA